ACGUGCCGGCAUCGAUUCAUUUUGCAAUGACGGCCGUCAUGACCGGUGCUUUUGGAUACUAUUUGUACUACACAUAUCAAGGCAGCAGCCUAUUCGUCCAGUUCUGGCAAAACAUGCGAGCCUAUGUUCUGAACACAGUCACCCAGCUAAUCAUCUUCGGCUUGUAUCUGUCGCAAUACCCGACUAUUCGUUUGAAGAUGGUCAUGGCGACGUUCUUCGUGUGGCUGAUCAUGCUUGAUACCUUUUCCGUGCCGCUUCUCAGAGCAAUCGCGAGGAAAUUCUUAGGCAUGCAUUUAUGGGGGAAUAUCGAUUUCACCGGAUUGCCACUGCGAAUGCUCUCAAAUCAAAAUAGCCUGGAGUCAAGUCUACAGAACAAGAAAAUGAGGACAUCUUUGGAAGCUUUUGCCAACCAUAGGUACGCAGGCGAAAAUAUCCGAUUUCUCUCACGCGUGGAUGAGCUCUACAGUAAAAGUCUCAGCAACCAAGUCACCACAAAUGAGAUUCAAAAGGCGAUAGACGAUUUCAUCAGACCAAAUGGUUGCGAUAGGCUGAAUUUAAUGUGCGCUACUCGUCGGAAUACGAUCAGUAGCUUUGAGAAGGAUGAGCCGGUUACUAAAAUAUUUGGGGCUGCCGAACGAGAGAUCAAAACAUUGUUUGCCAUCCAGAUAUGGAGGGCAUUCAUUGUGACAGAUGAGUACAAAGCCCUCAAGGCCGAGCAGGAAAGAGAUGAAAGAGCUGAGACAAACCUGCGGAAUGCGUUAUACAAUAUAGGUGUAUUGCCGAAAUAUACAUCGCCGAGAAACACAGACAGCAUCUUUGAGACGAUGACAGGCAACGUUGUUAUGUCCUCCAACGUUGUUGUGUCCUCUAUGGAACCAAUUGAUCCAAAGUCAAGUGCCCUGAAGGUUGAGACAAAACUGAGGCUGGUUUGAAAUUGGUAUCCGAUAACCCGCAGUAUUCUCAGCCAAUUUAUUGAUUUCACAAGAGCCAAUAGCCCCCCUCCCGCAGGAGCCAAUUGUCCCCAUCACCUUCGUAGAAACCCCGAUACCUCUGCCUUGUAAAUGGCAAAGUUUACCAUGUGAAGUGCGCCCUGUCAUGUACUACAUUUUGCUAAGGCAUGUAGCCAGCGGAAGAGAUACCGCUACACCCGAUUGCAUUCGAUGGAAAGCACACCUCGUGCGUUGGAGAGCCUGGUGCGAGGAAGUGAUCUGCCAGCACUGUUGGUAAUUUGCAUCAGCUUGCAUAUCAAUUCUUCUCGCAUGAGGGUAUAAGCAGCUAUCAUCAAAGCCUCCCCCUCAAGUUGUGGGUACAUCUGUACCUCGGGGUGUCAACAUUGACCGGUAGUAGACACCCAAGCUGGUGCAACGGUUUAUAGAGGGAUAGUAGCCGCUAUUGUACGUCUACCAAGAGCAGACGGUGUCAGUACGUUCGAGAAGCACAAAAGCAAAGAACAGGCGGAGAUGCCCAAAGCAGGCAUAGCAGACCCGCAUAAGAAAACAUCUGUAGUUAACGACGUCGUUGUUAUAGAUUGUAUGGCUCGUAAGCAGAGCACCGAAGCAAUACAAGCUGAUGCGGUUUUUGUUACGGGUAGCGGCUUGAGUACAGUGUGCAGAGCCACUUCACAUUCUUGCGAUACUGCACAAAUCUUCCCACCUCAUACUGGCUGAAUGAUAGCCCACAGACGAACACCUCUUGCGGAUGACCCAAAAGAGGUCAACUUCACAUACUAUCACGUAACAAUGGGCGAAAGUUUUUGAAUCUACGUAUGCCGAUGAAGAUGCAUCGAUAUUGAAUCCAGCCAACCUACUUUAGUAUAUAGUGCAACAAGUAUGCACACACACACAUUCAUCAUCGAUACAUUUAGUUCGUAAGUAUAUAAAAAUAGCACCGAGUUGCUAAUAAAAUAGGAAUAAACCGA